GGCGGCGGGCCAUGGCGGCGGCGGCGCUGCGCGGCGGCGUGCGGCGCUUCCCCUGGCUCUGCAACGUGCUGCUCUACGCGGGGCUCUUCGCGGCGGGCGACGCGGCGCAGCAGCUGUGGCGGCGGCGGCGGCGGCGGCCCGGGGGCGGGGGGCCGCCGCCCGACUGGGCGCAGACGCGGCGGGUGGCGCUGGUGGCCCUCGCCUUCCACGGCAACUUCUCCUACGUGUGGCUGCGGGCGCUGGAGCGGGCGCUGCCCGGCCGCCGCCCGGCCGCCGUGCUCGCCAAGGUGCUCUGCGACCAGCUGCUCAGCGCCCCCGUCGCCGUCCUCGCCUUCUACACGGGUAUGAGCAUCCUUCAGAAGAAAGAAGACAUUUUUUCAGACUGCAGAAAGAAAUUUUGGAAUACAUAUAAGACUGGGCUGAUGUACUGGCCUUUUGUGCAGCUGUCAAACUUCAUUUUGGUCCCUGUUUACCUGAGAACAGCUUACACUGGCCUCUGUGGUUUUCUCUGGGCUACCUUCAUUUGCUUUUCCCAACAAAGUGGAGAUGGCACAGCAAAGUCAGCAUUUGUGUGGUUCCAAAGAGAGGAGGUCAAUGCAGAUGAAGAACCAUCAGAGAAAUAAGAACUUUAGUUCUGAACCCAUUUGAAAUUGGUAAACUGAGUUUAUGAAAGCCAAAAAACUGCACUGCAGCCUCAUUACUGUGUUUAGAAUAAACAGUCGUCCCAACAUUUGUUGGUUGGUAUAAGCAGUGGAACAGUUUGUCUUUGUGCCUGUUUAUUUUUCAUAAAAGAGGCCAAUUGUAUAUUGGCACUUAAUUAUUUUCAUGCUGCCAGCCCAUCUCCUCUGGGAAUGACUGACUGUUACAGGGCAGUGUAAGCAUUUGCACAUUAUGUCAGCCAACCUCACUGGGGAGAAAUAUUAAUUGUAAUUUAAUUUUCAAGCAACUUGUAAUUGCUAGAAAAGGGGGAAUAGAACAUUAAAUCAUCAGUGGUCGUACUUGACAAUUGUUAUUAGUGCAGGAUUGCUUUUGCAGAACAAAAUUUAACAGACUUAUCUAAAAAGUGGCAUUGCAUCUAUAGUACUCAUAGAAAAAAGUACACUAAAAGUAGAGGGCAUUUCCCUAUAGGGGCAUACUUGCUUUAUUCUGCACUAAAAUCUAUAGAGAAAAUAAAUUACUUUGUAGAAUGUACAAACCUGAAAUAGAUUUGUACAUCUUCUUCUGUAACAGAAAGAAUGAAGAUGACUUACUUUGGCCAGAGUUCUUUGGGAUUCAUUAUGGAUGCUGCAUAUUCACACUUGGGGGAAGCACUGGUCAUAAGCAGCUCACACAGCAGAAUCUAACUAAACCCAGUGCUGUGAGCUGCUGUCUUAUCUGUCUACUGCUUAUUCCUGUGUCCCUCAAGGGACAAAGUAUUAAAGAGCACAUGGAAGUUUUGCCACUUUUCCAUUGUUUCAUUAAGUUCAAGAUAUAAUUAAGAUUUUAAAGAAAAAGAGCGUGAGAAAGACAGUAAUGUGAAUGCCAGAAUCCAUCCCAAAACAAUCCAGCUAUAUGUAAGGAAUUUCUUCUAGCUAUUAUAUAAGCAAAUUUUAUUCUUCAAGUGGCUUCUAAACAUUUCUAUUCAUAAGAGACACUGGCAUAUAGUAACUAUACAUAGGAAACUAGGAAGAGUGAAAAUUAAUUGUAGGUCUGCUUUGUCAAACUGAGAAUCAGGUCUGGAUACAAACAUAUUCAUCACUAUUUUUUGAACGUUUAAAUGUAUCUCGGAACAGGAACUGUGCAAAUUUCUGUAACUGCAGUAAGUUCAAAGCAGACUAAUAAAGGAGUCCUUAGUUUAUUAGAA